ACGCAUUAGGACGCGUUUCUGUUCCGUGUUCUGAUCGUUUCCGAAAAAGCGAGCUUACAAAAUGGCAACCGCGCGCUCAUUUGGCUUGCAAAAUCAAGCUAAUCGCCUCAAAGAAAACCAAGCUUCCCGAAAACCACAUCAGCUUUUGCGAGGGUUAAAGGCUUCAGAUGCCCCCGUCAAGUUUGGGCUGAAAGAUGUCACCAACAAUAAUCAGAAACCGGCAGAGCGUACCAAUGUGUUCAAAGAUGGCAAAACGACCAGCAGCAAACGUUCGAUAGAAAAAUCACUAAACGCCAUCCAACAAAGCAUCAUGCCGAGCACGGCUAAAAAACCGACCGCAGGAAAGGGCAAAAUGAAGUUCGACAUCUUUACUCCCCUCGAGGCGGAGUACAAAUGGGGAGCGUCCGAUAUUUGCUUGCGCGACGAUCUGUUCGAGGAAAUGGUAAAUUUUCAGCCGAGCACUGAACGCAAACGGGAACCGCUGCCACCGCCACGGCUUGAGCCGCUGGAUUUUGCAGAGCUGGACGAAACGUGGGAUAUCUACGGGUCAACGACCGGUGGUGGCUUCAGUCCUCCAAACCCGAUGCAACUCCCAGCGAACGAUUUUCCCAUGGUAGAUUUACAGGAUUUAGAAUUUAUGAUGUAAGCUGCAGAUGCUGUGUGUAAGGCCAAUUUUCCGUCUUGGCUAUUUUUGUCAAAUUUCUGUGUCAUGUAAUGCGUUUCUCUUGAAUUAUCGCAUCGAUAGUUGUCUAGUUACAUUAGAACUGUUUGUAUAUAACCAAUAAACGACUGUUGCCA